AUGCACCAAAUAAGAAUACAGUGGACUUCAAGGACACAGGCUCUAGCAGACAUGAACAACGAUGGAAGGAUGGACCAGAUGGAAUUUUCAAUCGCUAUGAAACUUAUCAAACUAAAACUACAAGGUUACCCCCUACCCUCUACUCUACCUUCACUUAUGUUACAGCCGCCGGUUGCCAUCACUAGUGCUUCAGGUUUCGGUAUGAGUGGAAUAGCUGUAGCCCCUGUGCCAAUGCCGCCCAUUCCAGUAGUGGGAAUGUCUCCUCCUCUAGUGUCCUCUGUCCCUGCAACAGCAGUGCCACCCAUGGCAAAUGGAGCUGCUGCCAUAAUACAGUCUCUUCCUGCUUUUGCUCACUCCGAAGAGAUUUCCUUUUUUAACUCAGCAGUUGAAGCAGAAAGUUUAGCAGAGUAUGAGAGGAAUAUACUCCCUAAAAAUUCAUAUUGUGUUUAUUUUUUAUUAGGACCACAAGCAAGAACUAUUCUUAUGCAAUCAAGUUUACCACAAGCUCAGCUGGCAACAAUAUGGAAUCUUUCUGACAUUGACCAAGAUGGGAAACUAACAGCUGAGGAAUUUAUUUUGGCUAUGCACUUAAUAGAUGUGGCUAUGUCUGGUCAACCUCUUCCUCCUGUUUUGCCCCCUGAUUACGUUCCUCCAACAUUUAGAAGAGUUCGCUCAGGAAGUGGUAUAUCUGUGAUGAGCUCAGUAUCUGUGGACCAGCGAUUACCUGAAGAACCUGCAGAAGAGGAGCCACCACCUGUAGACAGAAAGCUUCCAGGUAACAUAGAUUCAACUUCAUCAGAGAGCCCAGCCAGUCUAAAGAGAGUGUCUUCACCAGCUUUUAAACCAUCCAUACAAGGAGAAGAAUACAUAGCUAUGUACACUUACGAGAGCAACGAACAAGGGGACUUGACGUUUCAGCAAGGGGAUAUGAUUAUGGUGAUCAAAAAAGAUGGUGAUUGGUGGACAGGAAUGGUGGGAGAUAAAACUGGAGUUUUCCCUUCCAACUAUGUGCGCCUUAAGGAUUCCGAGGGGUCUGGAGCAGCAGGAAAAUCAGGAAGUCUUGGAAAGAAACCAGAAAUUGCUCAGGUUAUUGCAUCUUACACAGCAACUGGUCCUGAACAGCUAACAUUGGCUCCUGGCCAACUUAUCCUCAUCAGAAAGAAGAAUCCUGGAGGAUGGUGGGAGGGAGAACUACAAGCACGUGGUAAGAAGAGACAGAUUGGAUGGUUUCCUGCAAAUUAUGUUAAACUUUUAAGCCCUGGUACAAAUAAAAGCACACCAACUGAGCCACCGAAACCUGCAGCAUUGCCACCUAGGUGUGCAGAUUUACAUCUUUUGGACAUGCUGAGCCCAACAGAACGUAAAAGACAGGGCUAUAUCCAUGAAUUAAUAGUGACAGAGGAGAAUUAUGUGAAUGAUUUACAGCUGGUCACAGAGACAUUCCAAAAGCCACUACUUGAGUCUGAUUUGCUGACUGAGAAAGAAGUCGCCAUGAUUUUUGUCAACUGGAAAGAGCUCAUCAUGUGCAACAUCAAAUUACUCAAGGCCCUGAGAGUUCGGAAAAAAAUGUCAGGAGAAAAAAUGCCUGUGAAGAUGAUUGGCGAUAUCUUGACAGCUCAGUUGCCGCACAUGCAACCGUAUAUUCGCUUCUGUAGCUGCCAGCUCAAUGGUGCUGCUCUUAUUCAGCAAAAAACAGAUGAGGUGCCUGAAUUCAAGGACUUUGUUAAACGGUUGGCCAUGGAUCCUCGAUGUAAAGGAAUGCCUCUUUCCAGCUUUCUUCUCAAACCUAUGCAACGAGUAACCAGAUAUCCUCUCAUCAUUAAGAAUAUUAUAGAAAACACUCCGGAAAACCACCCAGAUCACAGUCACUUAAAGCAAGCCCUGGAAAAGGCAGAAGAGCUUUGUUCACAAGUCAACGAAGGAGUUCGCGAGAAGGAAAACUCUGAUCGUCUGGAGUGGAUCCAAGCUCAUGUUCAGUGUGAGGGUUUAUCUGAGCAAUUAGUAUUUAACUCUGUGACAAACUGCUUGGGGCCACGGAAAUUUCUGCAUAGCGGAAAACUCUACAAAGCAAAGAGUAACAAGGAGUUAUAUGGUUUCUUAUUUAAUGAUUUCCUGCUGCUGACACAAAUCAUUAAACCACUUGGAUCCUCUGGAACCGACAAAGUUUUCAGCCCUAAAUCUAACCUCCAGUACAAGAUGUACAAAACGCCUAUUUUUCUGAAUGAAGUUCUUGUGAAGCUGCCUACAGACCCUUCUGGAGAUGAGCCUAUCUUCCACAUUUCUCACAUUGACAGAGUUUACACGUUACGUGCUGAAAGCAUAAAUGAGAGGACUGCCUGGGUACAGAAAAUCAAGGCUGCCUCGGAGCUGUACAUUGAAACAGAGAAAAGGAAGCGAGAAAAGGCUUAUUUGGUGCGCUCUCAAAGGGCAACCGGCAUUGGAAGACUUAUGGUUAAUAUAGUAGAAGGAAUUGAGUUGAAGCCUUGCAGAUCACAUGGAAAGAGUAAUCCUUACUGUGAAAUAACAAUGGGCUCUCAGUGCCAUAUUACAAAGACGAUACAGGACACACUGAACCCAAAGUGGAAUUCUAACUGCCAGUUUUUUAUCAAGGACCUAGAGCAGGAUGUGUUGUGUAUCACUGUAUUUGAAAGGGACCAGUUUUCUCCAGAUGAUUUUCUGGGACGAACAGAAAUUCGUGUUGCUGACAUUAAGAAAGACCAAGGAUCUAAGGGACCAGUUACAAAGUGUCUCCUUUUGCAUGAAGUUCCAACUGGUGAAAUUGUUGUUCGAUUGGAUCUGCAGUUGUUCGAUGAACCAUAGAAUGAAUUGCACACAAAAAUAAGCCUGUUUUGUUGCAACGUGCAAUAGGUCAAUAGUCCUCUCAGCAUUUCAUCUUAAUGGGAGUAACUUCAAAAUAGAAUCUUUGUUUUACUAUGAUGUGUUUUUAAUUGGAGUUGCCAUUUUCUAAGAAAAUGUUCGUGUUUUAUAUGUGGGAUUUCAGUUUACAUUUUAGGAUGUGUUUUUUUUUGUCUGAAUUCAAAUAACUGUGACCUCUGCUGUGAUAUGAACAUUUAGAUAAUGUAGACACCACUGCAUUACUAAUUCAUUGUGCAGUUUUAAAGGAAACAAUAAUUUGAUUAUUAAAAACUCAGUAUGCACUGACUAUUAGGAAGUGUAUAUCUUUUACUACACAUGAGGAUAUUUGACCAAAUAUAUUAAAGAUAUGGGCCAAAACAAUGUUUAUAAAGAUAUGGGCCAAACAAAAUAUAAUUUACAUUUAUGAUUUUUUUAUACUGUAAGUUGGCUCUGAAGUCUUCACUUUGCUUUGCUAAAAAUGAAGUCAUAGGAGAACAGAUAGAUCACAUUCCAUAUCCACCACUGGCCAUAGAAACAAUACAAUUCAUUCACUUUAAGGUUUAUUAGUUUGAGAUUUAUGGUUUAUUUAAAACUGAAAUGUGAUGUAGCCUAUACACAAGGAAAUUGCUUUGUGCCCUGAUAACAUAAUAGUUGUGUUUUCCCCCAGUAUCCUUUCUUUUCAUUAUUUGGAUAUGUUUUGGUGAAUUUACAUAAUUUCCACACACAUUUCACACCUUUUUUUUCUUCAAUUUUAUAUGUUCACUUUCAAAGCUACAAAUUUAUACAAUGCCUUUGUUAUAUUGGAAGCAGAAUUCUAAAGAAUUAAUACAAGAAGUUACCAACUGUGGUUUCCUGCUUAACAGAUUAAAAAAAUUCCUCUACCCCCGACAGUAUCUACUUUAUAUCAAAUAUUUACAAACUUAUGAUUCAUAUAUUUCAUUUUUGAGCAUAGUUCACUUUAAUUAAGCAUCAACAAAUCAGUAUGAAAAUGUAAGCAUUUGCUAUGACUAGCGCUUUCUCUGCCCAGAUUAAUUAUAAAAAUAAUACUGCUAGAGACGCUCUUAAAUUGGUACAAUUUAGCAAACUUUUAAGCGUUUGUAUUAUUAUUACGCAAUUACAAGUAAAUGAAUUUGAUACAUAAUGUAGCAUUAAUACUACUGAUGAGGUAAUCUGAAACUCUGGAAACUUCAGGACACUAAAAUGUGUAUGCUUUUUGAUGACAUUUUUUUAUCAUAUGGUUAUUUUUAUGAAAAUACAUUUCUAAUAUAGUUAUUGUUGCCCUUUUCUUUAAGCGAAUAUUAAAGUGUAGUUUUUUGAGAAAAGGAACCGAAACUACCGGAUUUUAUGUUCAUACUGGAGUCGGAUAUCGCCAUGUUUUAUUUUGGUUUAAUUGCCCUAUAAGAUUAAAUGUUUUUAUUGUCAUUAUAAGAUUAUAUUGUCUGUAGUUACAAUUAGUUUGGCAGAGGCAAUAAAACUAAGCCAGGAACAACAACUUACUGCCAAGAAUGGUCAUUUCUUGCUGGAAGAAUAAUGUGAAUGUUACACUGAAAACACUUUAUCGUUGUACUAAUUAAAAGGAAUAUUCUAGUAUAAAACCAAAAUGUGGUUUUGUCAAACUAAUUCCAUUCUGUGUCUUCAUAUGGGUUAAACUCACAGUCAAAGGCACCUACUUGGGUGCAGUGCAGAUUACACAACUGGUGAGCCAUUUAGGAGUUGCAUAUGUACGUAUCCUCAAAUCAUUGGCUGUAUCCUACUCAAGAGCAGGAUAAGGAACAUGCCAGGUGUAUGACUUUGACUAUACCCAAAGUGAAGAAAGUGAAUUUGUUUCCAUAGACAUAUACCAUUUUUGUUUUACACUAGAAUGUACAUUUAAGAAUGCUUUUUAUUAAGGGUACCUUUUUUAUUUAACUAUUAAACAUGAGGGAAUGUAGGGCAAACAGCCUGCACAGUCUGUAAGUUUUCUGGCGUUAUGGUACUCAGUUUUGCCACCGCUGGGUCGGUUUUAAUAAAGGUACGUUUUAGGUACGGCUCGAAAUGCUCUCGGAAAAACUGAUCCUUUAUGUAUAUUGUUUUAAGUAAAUAACCUAUAUUUUAUUUAACAAAGAUAAUAUAAAAUGCAUUGUAUUAUCUGACUUGUGUCUCAUGGAAGAAAAGUUUUAAUAUUAGGCAGCUGGUAUUUUAUAGGACAUUUUUUUCAAGGUUUGCAGUUGUAAUCUUACACACUGAACACUGCAAGUUUGCAGCUAUAUUGUGUUAAUACGGAAAAAUAUAAUCUGUAAACAAGCUAACACGUAUUACAUUUCUCCUUGUUCCUUACUAAAAUUCAUUGUAAUUUUUUUCAGAAAGCCAAUGAACUAUUACACUGCCAUAGAGCUAUUUGUAUUAACCAAUGCACUUUGUUUUAAUUAUUAUUAUUAGUCACCGCUAUUAGUUCUGGUCUUUGUAACAUACCUAUAUGCAAAGUCUCUUUCAUGUUCACUGCCUAAUUAUCCUUUAUAAACUCUGGGCCAUGUUUUGUACUGAUAUCUUAACACUUGCAACACUGGAAGGUUCUGUAAGCCCUUAUAUCAUGUUCCUUUCUAGUACUGAACGUGUUAAUAUUAAAUAAAUAAAAACGGUGUUGUGGCAGGAAAUCUUUGUGAAUACUGAAUCCUGCUAUAGAGUUUGAUUUAAUUUAUUGACAAUAGUAUGUUUUAAUAUGGUACGUAAGCCACUGUGGCAAUGCUAAAUACUUGUAGGUCUUUGCAAGACUGUGUUUUACUAAAUGUUCAGGAUGGUUACAAACCAUUGCACAAAUUGUUUAACAUUUAAUGGGAGAGGGGACGUUGUUAUCGACCACUGUAAUAUAAAUGUAUAUUGAAAUAUUAGGUUUCAAAUACUACAAAGUUUACAUUUCAUACUUAAAUGUUUUAGUGUUUAUUUAUUAGGGACAGUGUUGCAUUUUGCACUUUCCAUGAUUUUUUUUUUCUUCAAUAAGAAAUAUUCAUAACAAACGUGGGCGAGUUAAAGGGAAUUAUUUUAGAUAUAAAGCAUGUUUGCCACUUUCAGGCUAAAAUCUAUAAGAAUUUUUAUGUUUGAUUUAUUGUAAAAGUUGCAGUGCCACUUUCUUGCCCAGAAUGCAGCCAUUGUCCCCAAUUAAACUACUCUAUAUUUUUAUAGAAAUCCACAGAGCUUGAGUGUUUUGGUGUCAGUGUUUUGACCAAUGCUCUGCUCAUUUUAGAAAUAAAAUUGCCCAAUAAUACUACUGAUGCCAAUUGAAUGAACAGUAUUGUAAUAUAGUUUUCCACUUGUUCUUUGUCUUUCCGAGUGAUAUACUGCAGUCCUUGUCCAAACAAGAUAGAUAAAAACUCUUUGGUAGUCACUUAACUAUUACUUUAGAGAAUCAAUUGGAUAGUGUGUGCAUUUGCCCAACAUAUGAUAUACCGCCUGCAGUAAGUUUGCAAGUAAGAUGCACUGCAACUUUAAGGCCCUUGUCUAACUUUCUGACAUAUCAAGACAUUUUAUUGCCUAUUCUGUGGUGUGUAUGAAUUUUAUGUUGUUUUCGUGGGAAAUAAACGUUUAUUAAAUAUAUUAGUGAAA